AUGUUGGGCCAUGAAGGUGGCAAGAAGAAGUCCUUGAAGCAGCCCAAGAAGCAAGCCAAGGAGAUGGGCAAGGAAGAUAAGGCACUCAAGCAGAAAAAGGAGGAGGAGCAGAAGAAACUCGAGGAGCUAAAAGGGAAGGCUGCGGGGAAAGGCCCCCUGGCCACAGGUGGAGUUAAGAAAUCUGGCAAAAAGUAA